GAAGCUGAGCCGGAAGUGACUACACGGAAACGGCACUGCUGCUAACAACGACAACAACAGCAUUACUCUCGGGGAUAUCUCCCUUCUCCUUAACGUAGGUUAGAGACAGACGGAUUGCAUAUAUGAACUUGGAAACAUGUAACAUUUUCGGGGUAAAUGAAGGGCACAAUAUCGGUUAAAGUUAAAGUGCACAAGUUGGUGAGGAAUUGCAAGAUAUCUUUCUGCUGUGUUUUAGCUAAGCAGGCUAACUAGCUAGCUAACGGCUCCAGGAAAAAAAUGAAAGAGGUGAAGGGUUGCGGUAUGCGGUCCUCUGUGGGCUUUCUGUCUCAGAGAAGGCUUUUCGGGAACCCGCUGAUGAAGGAAGAAUUUCAGAGACUCCGGUUGGCAGGAUGCACAAGCCUUUACAAGAAAGAUAUGCUGGGACAUUUCGGGUGUGUAAACGCCAUAGAGUUUUCCAACAAUGGAGGGGAAUACCUUGUGUCCGGAGGGGACGACCGCAGAGUGCUGUUGUGGGAUAUGGAGAGAGUCCUCCAUGCUCGCUCGGCCAAGCCUCUCAUACUGAAGGGAGAACACCUCUCCAACAUCUUCUGCCUGGCCUUCGACAGCACCAACAAGAGGGUGUUCUCUGGGGGUAACGACGAACAGGUCAUCCUUCAUGAUGUAGAGCAAGGCGAGACUCUGAACGUGUUCCUUCACGACGAUGCGGUGUACGGCCUGUCCGUCAGCCCCGUUAACGACAACGUGUUCGCCAGCUCCUCGGACGACGGACGGGUCCUCAUCUGGGACACACGGCAGCCGCCACAUGGAGAGCCCUUCUGUCUGGCCAACUACCCAUCAGCCUUCCACAGUGUGAUGUUCAACCCGGCAGAGCCCCGACUGCUGGCUACAGCCAACUCCAAGGAGGGGGUGGGGCUGUGGGACAUCCGCAAGCCUCGCACUUCUCUGCUGCGGUACGGCGGUAGCAUGUCCCUGCAGAGUGCCAUGUCAGUGCGUUUUAAUAGCGCAGGGACCCAGCUCCUGGCCCUGCGUCGCAGGCUACCCCCGGUCCUCUACGAGCUACACUCUCGCCUACCCAGCUUCCAGUUCGACAACCAGGGCUACUUCAACUCCUGCACCAUGAAGAGCUGCUGCUUCGCUGGAGACAAGGAUCAGUACGUCUUGUCUGGAUCAGAUGACUUCAACCUUUAUAUGUGGAGAAUCCCAGAGGAUCCUGAAGCAGGAGGCCCGGGGCGUGUGGUCAACGGAGCGUCCAUGGUCCUGAAGGGUCACCGUUCCAUCGUGAACCAAGUCCGGUUCAACCCCAGCACCAAUAUGAUCUGCUCCUCCGGGGUCGAGAAGGUCAUCAAGGCGUGGAGCCCCUACCAGCAGACAGAGAGUCUGGGCGACCUGGAUGGUUGUGUGGAGAAUAAGUCCAGGAGUCUGUACAGCCAUGAGGAGUAUAUCAGCCUGGUGCUGAACAGCGGCAGCGGCCUGAGGCACGACUACGUCUCACAGGAGGAUCCUCGUAUGAUGGCCUUCUUUGACUCUCUGGUUCGUCGGGAGAUCGAGGGCUGGAGUUCGGACUCAGACAGUGACCUGAGUGAGGGGGCCAUCCUGCAGCUCCACGCCAGGGGACGACGCUCCACGCGGGCUGUAGAAGACGGCGCCGGGGUCCUGGUUGGUGCUGCUUCACCUGUACAUCCCGCUGCUGCUAUGGGUGACUCGGACCGCUCCUCCUCAUCCUCAUUGGCUGCACCCGAGGCCUUGGGGGCGGAGCCGCUGCUGCCCAGGAGUCGUCAGCGACAUCACCAGUCUGCGUUCUUAUUGGACCUGGUGGGAGAGGACUCUGAUUCCUCUGGGUUCUGGCUGGACCCCAUGCCACGCCCCAGCCCCCGAGACAACUCCACCCUCUCCAGCCCCACAUCCUCCCCCGCUGGGGCCUCCUCCAGCUCCUCCACCACCUCCUCCACCAGCUCUGAGGAUGAGGAGCGCCGCAGGGUCAGCACCAGGCAACGCAACGCCGCACGGCGGCGCCGCAUGCACUUCCCCUGCAGGCCCAGUGGAGGGCGCCCCGAGUCCGCCCAGGCCCUGUACCCCGGGGGGGUCGACUCCUGCUCCUACCCCAAGAUCUCCAUGGAUGAGGUCUCAUCCUCCUCCGCAUCCUCCACGGAGCUGCAGCAGGGCCGGGACUCGGUCCAGAUCGGACCCCACAGAAGGAGCUCGAAAACGGGGAGAUGUACCAGCAAUUCGGGCAGACUUACCGGUUCCAACCCUGCAGUUUCUCUGGACAGCCAAGACGACCUUCUCAUCGCCUCUCAGGACACCCUGCAGCAGAGGACCGAGUCCCGGGAGGGAGGGGUGACGGGGGCUGCUUUAGAGAGGAUGGACAACAGUAGCUGGGUCGCCUCUUCCUCCAGACAUCCCCACAGCCCCCACCAGACUGAGAUGACUGAAGUGCCAGUAGACCGUCUGGCUCCAGACCUGUUUGCGUCCCCAGAUUCCAGAGGGGAGAGGGAGGCCUUGGCGGGGAAACAAACAGACACUAGGAACCAGGAAGAGGAAGAGGCAGGGCUGUCUUCUCAGAGAGGCCAAGCCCCGACCCAGGGGGCGCUAAAACGGACUCACCUGGGGUCAGGAGGUCAAGGGUCAGGGGAGGGGUUAGAGAAGAAGUUGAAGAGAUGAUUAUGAUGACGCCUGUCGUGGGAAGGUGAUAAUUUGGUGAAAGACUGAUGUUGUCCCACAUUACCCUAUUCCCCGUGGCCCUCAAACCUCUCCUCUGGGACGUGGCACACCAUCGUUGUAGCCCUGAACUAUCUCAUCUGAUUCACCUUGUCAAGGGCUUCAGGGUUAGUUGACUAGUUAAAUCAGGUCUGCUAGCUCUGGUAUAGAUUAAAUACAUGGAUCAACUGAGGGGUCUGAGUAACACAGGCCCAUGGAACAACUGGGGGGUCUGAGUAACACUGGCCCAUGGAACAACUGGGGGGUCUGAGUAACACUGGCCCAUGGAACAACUGGGGGGUCUGAGUAACACAGGCCCAUGGAACAACUGGGGGGUCUGAGUAACACUGGCCCAUGGAACAACUGGGG